AUGGGGCCCAAGAUAGAGCGGGGUGGUGAGCGGCCUGGUGAUGGAGGCGUCGAUCGUGGUGGUGGAGGGGGCUGCGAUCGUGGUGGUGGUGGUGGAGGCGGAAAUCGUGGUGGUGGAGGGGGAGGUGAACGAGGUGGUGGUGGGGGUGGCAACCGUGGUGGUGGAGGGGGAGACGACCGUGGUGGUGGAGGGGGAGGCGACCGGGGUGGAGGAGGGGGUGGUGAACGAGGUGGUGGUGGGGGAGGUGAGCGUGGUGGUGGAGGGGGUGGUGAGGCAGGUGGAGGUGGGGGCGGUGAGCGUGGUGGUGGAGGGGACGGUGAGCCUGGAGGUGGCGGUGAGCGGAGUGGAGGAGGUGGCGGUGAGGCGGGUGGUGGAGGGGGCGGUGAGCGGGGUGGUGGAGGGGGCGGCAAGGCGGGUGGAGGUGGUGGCGGUGGCGGUGAACGAGGUGGAGGAGGGGGCGGUGAGUGGUGGUGGAGGCGGUGA